GGGGGCCCAUUCCUCACCCGCAUUACAACUGAGAAGCCAACUGCCCCACUUCUUCGACAACCCCUCCUGCUAUUGUCCACAUUACCAUCGAUGUGUAUUAGGCAAAGAACGGGGCUUUUUCUUGUGGUAUAUUUUUGUUCCAUCCAGGAAAGGACUCCAAGGAAAGAGGAGGUUGAGGAAGAGAUGACAGAAGCAGCCGCAGACUCAAAUGAGGACCCAUCAGAGGAAAUGGAGGACCUGAAACCUCUGGAACAAGGUACUUUCCAACAAGUCACAAACCUCCUCAACAUCAUGGACAGCGGGUCAGCCAAGACGGACGCUGCCGGAGCAGGUCCUGACAUGCGGAAGACGCUGGCCUCGGUGAUAAUCACGGAGAAGGCCACCACAGAGCCCUCGGUGGUGAUGAACGCUCUCAUCCACUGCCUGCAGGUGCCGGAGAUUUCUACCCAGCGCACAGUCAACAUCUACAACAUCCUCCAGGAGAUCAUCCAGCAGGAGGGGGAGCUGGAGGAGCAGGGAGUCCAGCGGCUGGUCACCAUCGCCUCCAAGGAGAUGAGGCAGACCCUGGAGGUGGAGGGCUACGUGAAGGCAGAGGUGGCCAGUGACACACUGGUGGCUCUGUCCCGAAACCACUUCAGCAUGGUCAUGUACGAGCUGCAGCACCACCUCAAGCCCCUCAACCUCACGGACGAAUUUGUCAUCAUCACCUUGGCGAAGCUAGCCAACGGCAAUGUGUUUGAGUUCAUGCCAUACAUGGGCAUCACCUUGGCCACCAUAUUCACGAUGCUGAGACUCGCCACUGAAGCCAAGAUGCGCCAGGUGAUCUGCAGCGCCAUGGAGACCUUCUGUGAGACAGUGCAGUUUUACCUGAAGCAUCUGGAGGACAGCGUGUACCCUGUGAUGACCGAGGAUCAGUUUGCCAUGAAGUUGUUCCCCAUGUACCGCUAUUUUGUGACCGUGUGGCUGAGGAACCACAACCCUGAGGUGAAGCUGGGGGUCAUCAAGUCCUUGAAGCCUAUGCUGAACCUCCUCCUGCCCAACGAUGACCUGCGGGAUCAGUUGUACGACUAUAUCCCCCUGCUGCUGGCGGAGUACCGAGGCAACCUGGAGGCGCUCUUUAUCACGCAGGUCUUGAGGCAGAUCCUGGAAAUGUCGGUCACCACCAACACUCCGGUCCCCCAAAUGCAGCUUCACACCAUUUUCACAGAACUCCACACCCAGGUGCGGUCUCCCCACCCUCCCUGCACGCCCGCUCCCCAGGUGUGUGCCAGGGCUCCUGCCCACCAGCGGUACAGCAGCCAAAACCUGACGGAGAUCAUACACUGCUUCAUAGCCCUCGCCCGGUCCUACCCCAAGGAGCUGAUGAAGUUCUUCCUCAGUCAGAUGGAGAUGAGCAAGGAGGCCAUCCGCGUGGGGACCCUGACACUGAUUAGGGCAGUGGUGAGCGCAGAUGAGCCCAGAAUGAAUAUCAGGACCAUCUGCCUGGCCAUCCGGGUGGUCAAGAACACCCUCUGUGACACCCGCUUCAAGGUGAGGGUGGCUACUCUCCGCGUCAUCGGCCAGUUGGCUCUGUCCGGUUACCAGGACAGAAUCAAAGGCUGGGGCCUGAAGUACGUGUCGGUGCAGCUGACUCUAUCCACCUACAAACUGACAAAUCACCGAGAGAGCUUUUAUCAGAGGGACCUGGAGGAGAAGAUGGUCCACAAAGUCACCAUGGACACCGUGAAGAUCAUAACCUCUUCCGUCAGUGGGAUGACCAACGAGUUUUGGGUGAGGCUCCUGUGCUACAUCAUGGAGACGGAUUACACAGAGGCCUUGACCCCCAUCUGCAUCAGCCUCACAAACCUGGCGGAACGCCAGGUCCACGCCGAGGACGUGGAGGCCGGCAUGGCCCACAAAAGCAGGCACGGUGGGCAGCAUCCUGGCACUAGCCGGUGGGACUGGGCAGUGGACCUGCCUGCGCCCCAGAAACUGUUGGCCCGUCUCCUGGUGCUGAUGUCAUCCCCCUACAAGGGGGAGGGCCGUGGGAUAGCCAUGCUCAACCUCCUGAGGACCCUGAGCCAGAGCAUUGCACCCUCCAUGGCUGACAUGUGGGAGCUGGAGAUCCCACUGCUGGUCAAGUACCUGGAAGAGCAUACUGAGUUUACUUGGAAUCAGAAGGCCUGGGAGGACAAGCUGAUUCAGUUUCUGAGAAACUCCCUUAAGAAGACCCGAGGUUCCAACUGGAGCUUGCGUCUGAGCAAAGAGCUGAACAACCAGAUCGAAAGCUUCGACAGCCCCUCCCUGGAGAAGGGCUUUCUGUACCGGGCCCUGGGCUUCACUCUGGCCACAGGCCUGGAGGCCGAUAAGGUGGAGGGGCUGCUUCUGGAGCUGUUGUACAAGACAGACUAUGGCAAUGACUUUGACCGGGAGGGCGUGAUUCUGUGCUUUGGCCUGUGUGCCCGAGGCCAGGUGAAGACAGUGCUGAAUGUGCUCCAUGACUUCGAGGAGAGGAUCCAGGAGUCGGAGCAGUCCUGGCAGAUAGGUGCUUGGCAGAAGGACCAGCCCUGGAGGCGGGAGACAGUGAAGAGCGCCCUCAUGGUGAUGUAUAGCUGUGUGGCCUUGUACUGCCACCCCCAGAUGCUCCUCACCCACGUGGACAACCCCAUCACUGCGAAGAUCAUUCAUCACUACUCCAGCAGCUGCCAGGACAUCUGCCUCAAAAUGGCCUUCAUGAAGAGUGUGGUGCAAGUCACCAAUGCCAUCAAAAACAUCAAGGACCUGGAGGACUUUCAAUUUGCCCAAAAGAUGACGCUUACUGGCAUUAUAAUGGCCACCAUCAAGGCAGAAGCCACCGACAGCCUGGUUUCUCCGGUGCGGACCAUGGCGAUGGAGGCCCUCUCGCAUCUGAGCAAUCUGAAGCCUUUCUACUCCACAGAGGAAAACAAUGAACUGAUGGAUAUCAGUAUUCGUUCUGUAAUUUCUCUCCAACCCCCAGCAGAGGACAAUGAGUCCAUUCAGACCCUGUAUGCGAAUGCAAAGCAUGCCCUGGAGCAGCUGAUGGAGAGCCUUAUGCAGAGGCAGCUGGACCCCAAGGGGCUGCAGGAGAUGGUACAUCUCCUGGAAAAGUGGAUCUUGUCGGAGAAAGAAGGGGAGCGGGAGAAGGCCAUGAAACUCCAUCUCCAUCUCAUGCAGAUCUAUGUGCAAAGCAUCGGUGUCUGUAUCCACCUGAAGCUGGGGCAGUUUGGCUCGCUGGUGGGACUCGUCGCCCCUUGUACCUGUGACUCCCAUAGAAGAACACGCAUGGCCUCCAUGGGUGUCCUGUCCGGCCUGCUGGAUCUUCAUGCAAGCCAGACCUGCUCCUCAUGGGGCCCUUCCAAGGAGUUGGAGCUUGCAAAAUGUAAGGAGGAUCUCCAGGGCUUGGAUGUGGAGAAGAUUUUUAGUGCAUCUUCCAGAAUCGCCAAGGUGGCUUGCAUGCAAUUUAACUGCGAUGAGGUGGUCUCGCUCAUCCGGAAGCUCUGUGAGAACAUCGGGGCCCUGGACCUACAGCAUGAUAAGGCCUCCGUCACCUGGAUAGGCACCUUCCUCCAGAUGCGGGCCAAGGAACUGGAGGACAAGGUGGAUGAGAUCCUGGGCGCCAUCCUGGUCCAGCUGCCCGUGGUGGAUCACCUGGAGGUGCGGCGUCUCCUCAUUGAGGGCAUCCUCCUGCUGGCGCACUACCACCAGGAGACUGUCCUCACGUCGCUCCUGAGGCAGCCCCUGCCCAUGGAGAGCCACCUGACGGAGGUGUGGCUGGCUGUGGCAGAGAAUGUGCCCUUUGCCCGGACGAUGCUCCACGGGCUGAUGGGCCGGCUGCAGUCGAGGUUCACCCCCAGGGCCAACGCGACGUCCAAAGCUGACAUCUGGCGUCUGGCCGCGGUGGAUCCUCUGAUGACCCUGUGCACCAUCCACCUUCUCAUCCAGAAGAUGGAUAUGGACGACAAGCUCUUGGACCUCUUCCCAGACCUUGUGUACACCCUCCUGCUGCAGCUCAGCAGUAGCCAGGGGCCAGAAGCUGUGUCGCCUGUCCUGAAGACAUGGAGACUGGUCCACACGGGGACGCUGCCCGAGGAGAUCAAUCUGCAGAGGAUCACGAUCAAGUCCAUGCAGCUUUUGUUCAGAAGACUCAACAAUGAGCAGCUGGUUCACACCCUGGAGGAGCAGGGCGUAUGGGCCCUCCUGCAGAGCAGCUCCACAUUCCUGCGAGGGGUGGGCCUGCUCGCCAGGCUGUGCAUGCGGAGCGUGGAGGGGUACAGGCAGCGACUGUCGGAGCUGGUGCUCAGAGGCAUGGACUCGGAUGUCCUCAGCUGCCGCAUCAGCAGCACGGCGGUCUGCGUGGAGUUCAUGAGCGACCCGGUUCUGUACCAGGAGAAGCUGCUGAAGCCCACGGUGUGGAUGCUGGAGAAGGGCGCGGACCAGGAGGACGAGGCUUUGAGGGUGCUCUCGCUGCGGGCCCUCGGCAACAUGGCCCUUGGUGCCCCCAAGAAGGUGAGGCAGUACCGGAAGCUGUUGCUCGAGAAGUGCCUGGACUCCCUGAGGGAGCCCGUGAACACCAGCGUGACCUCCGAGGGCAUGGAGGCCCUGGCCAAGAUCCUGGCUGAGCUCCGGGAGGGAGACAUGGGGUCCUCGUUUGGCAUCAUCUGUGAGCAUUGCAGGGCCUUCUUUGACAACGAGAGCGAGCUGCUGCGUUUAAAAGCCUUCGUCUUGUUCGGGAAGCUGGCGAAGGUGGUCAGGAGCUCCAAGAAGCACUUCUUCAAGGAGGAAGUGAGAAGAGCCUGGAUCCCCCUCAUGCUGCACUGCCAGGACCCCUGCCCGGACGCAGCCCAGGCUUGCAUGGCCACCAUGUUUCAGUGUGUGCACUUCUGGGGCUGGAAGGCCCUGGAGAGCAGCUCGGGCCGAAGGGACAGCAGUGCGGCUGAUGAGAUGACCGUGUUCCAGACAACGCUGUGCUCCAUCUUGACUCAGAAAAAACCUGCUGUGCUCUAUAGCUUCUUGCUAGAAACAAUGACCUACGUUAAUAGUAACUUGCCAAGGAUCAGAAUUUCUGCCUGCAACCUGGCAGGAAUUAUUAUGAAGCAGAUGUCUGCACAUCAUCUGAGAAAACUGGACUUUCCGACAUUAAGGAAUUCUCUCCAGGAGCUGCAGCUCGACUUGGAUCCUGGGGUCCGCAAGGCAGCCCUGGAGACUCUCAAAAUCUUGGAUACAUGUAGCCAGCACCCGCUUUUGGCUUCCUCCGGAGGACUUUGCUAGAUGGUUCGAAUGUAAAGUGUAAACUGCCUCCUCCGAGUGCCAAACCAAAGCCGCACCGCAGCAAGGCAAAACAUUUUUAAUUUAGUUUGUUAAGAAAAGCAUUGUUCUAAAAUAAUCAGCAUCCCUUUCUUUCCUCCCCUUGAAAUAAACCUCCGUUGCC